UUGAGCUGGAGAAGCAAUCAUUUUGUGAUCUUAAAGUUGUGAAUAACACAGAGAACUAUGUUGCUUUCAAGGUCAAGACUACUUCGCCAAAGAAGUACUUUGUACGGCCUAACACUGGUGUUAUACAGCCCUGGGACUCGUGUAUCAUCAGAGUCACUCUUCAAGCCCAACGUGAAUACCCUCCAGACAUGCAAUGCAAGGACAAGUUUCUACUACAGAGCACAGUAGUGAAUCCAAAUACUGAUGUUGAUGAUCUUCCUGCAGAUACUUUUAAUAAGGAAAGUGGAAAUACAAUAGAAGAGUUGAAACUAAGAGUUGCGUAUAUUGCUUCUAACUUAACCCAAGGAAGCUCUGAAGAUGAUGCAUUGAAGAACUCCGCACAAAAACUUGAUAGUUCUUAUAAUCAGGCUUUACAGCAGCUGAAGGAAGAAAGAGAUGCCGCCCUGAGACAAACACGACAGCUGCAACAGGAACUGGACAUGCUGAAAAGGCGAAAAAGCCAAAGAGGAGAUCCUGGCUUUUCCCUUAUCUUUGCCUUUUUUGUAGGUCUCAUUGGACUUGUGCUUGGCUUUCUUUUAAAACUUCUAUUCUCUUCACCACCACCAUCACUAUCACCAUCUACGGAAUGAUUUUUAUUGUGGAAACCCUUUGCAUGCAAGACCUUUCUCGUGUUAACACUGUAAAAGUGUAAAGUUCCUAUAUUCUUUUCAAUGAGAUUUUUGUUCUUUA